UUUUUUUACCUUUCUAUCUCUUUUUAUUGAACAGCGUAUCUAAAGCAUGACAUCUAUUACAACAGCAGAAACAGUAGAGUUAAAGGAAUUGAAUCUUGGCAUGUCCCAAGCUGUCAAAGACUGUAUCAGUGGUACUGUGGGAGGUAUUGCUCAGGUUCUUGUUGGUCAGCCAUUUGACACGGUGAAAGUACGUCUACAAACUCAAUCUGCCACAAAUCCUUUAUACAAUGGCAUGUUGGAUUGCGUUAAGAAAACGAGAGCCAAGGAAGGUAUUGCAGGCUUUUAUAAGGGCACCAUGACACCUCUCGUUGGUAUCGGUGCCUGUGUUUCUAUCCAAUUUGUAGUCUUAGAGGCCAUGAAGCGUCAUUUUGCCAGUGUCAAUGAAAAGGGACAACUUCUCAGUAAUUCUCAGCUUUACUUAGCAGGUGCAGCUUCUGGUUUUGCCAACUCCUUCGUCUCUGGCCCUGUUGAACACAUUCGUACCCGUCUUCAAGUUCAAACUGGCACAGGCUAUGCAGGUCCCAUUGACUGUAUCAAGCAAAUUUAUCGCUCUCAUGGUUUAACAGGCAUUUAUAAAGGUCAAGGUAUCACUAUGGCUCGUGAAUUCCAAGGUUAUGGUGCUUAUUUCCUGGCUUAUGAAUAUUUGGUUCAGCAAGCAAUGCAAAGAGCCAAUUUGCAACAAAGAUCAGACUUGCCUACUUGGCAAGUAUGUGCUUUUGGUGCUGCUGCUGGCUACGCCAUGUGGUUUACUAUUUAUCCUAUGGAUGUUAUCAAAUCUAAAUUACAAACAGAUGGCUUCACACCAGAAACCAAACAAUAUCGAUCCGUGUUGCAUUGUGCCAAAAAGACUUUAGCCAAGGAAGGUGUCAGCGGUUUCUUCAGAGGUAUUGGACCUUGUUUGUUGCGUGCUGCACCAGUGAAUGCUGUUACUUUUAUGGGCUUCGAAAUGGCUAUGCGUGUGUUAUCAUAGACCAAUUAUAAUAUAGAUACUGUAUACACAAGACUCGCUUAUUCACCUCAAGUCUCAUACCUUCUAUUCCUUCAUCGUACUUACCUGACUAUGUAAAUUAAACUUAUUUAAUAAAACAAAAUCGUUCGUUAUUUAUUUCUUAACCCU